UGGGAUAUUCGUUACUCUCCAGUCGCCUCAAAACGGCUGAUUACCCCGAUCAAGAUAAUUUCCAGCGAACUUAAAUUCAAUACUCAUUUGUGUGGACCAGUCAGAUGAUAGCUAGAAGUCAAUAUAGCAUCGAAGUAACCUGCCAAAUACGAUAAAAAUUCUCGACUUUGUGUCGAAUCGUCACGUCGGUAAAUACAGGAUUGCAAAGAGAACGGUUCAAUAAUGUUUCGUCCCCUAAACUAAAAUUUAGCCUUUUAAUCAAAUCAUACAAAUUAUAGAUAUUACAUAAAUGUGAGUUGCGUUGCGACGUUGUGCCACGUUACUAUCUAACAAUUAAAACGCAACUGUACUAUAAUUAAUAAAUUGAAAGCAAAGAUAAUAAAAUACAAGGGAAAAGUCAUUAAGAAGAAGUAAUAUGCCAGUGAUGGAGUCUUCUAAAUCAUUAUUAGAUGCAAUUUAUACUUCUCAAAAGUAUGGGAACGAUGAGACUGGCAAUGGUACUGACACUAAUCCUUUUAAAACGAUUUUAAGAGCAAUGCGUUAUGUAGGAAAAGAGCCAUUUCCACCAUUUUAUCAAGAUUCUAACGAGGAUGGAAAAAAAUAUGUGAUAGUAUCGAAAUCACAAUUUAAAAAAGCACAAAAAAUUUGGGCAAGGAAUGAAUAUAAGAAUGAAGACAAACAAAAGAAGUUAUUAGAAGAUGAAGAGAAAAGAUUGAAGAACUUGGAAGAAGCUAAAACAAUUAUAAUUCAAGAAGAUACCACUUUGCCACCUGCAAUUUGUAUAAAAAUUCGAGAUAGUAUCUAUCAUCGAGAUCAACGAGUAAAACUUUUUGGAUGGGUGCAUAGGCUUAGACGUCAGGGGAGAGCACUUAUGUUUAUUACAUUGAGAGAUGGAACAGGCUUUCUACAAUGUGUACUUAGCAAUAUUUUAUGCCAAACGUACAAUGCAUUGACCUUAUCCACAGAAGCUUCCAUUGAAAUAUUUGGAACUCUCAAGAUCGUACCAGAGGGAAAAAAUGCUCCGAAUGGACAUGAAUUACAUGUUGAUUAUUGGAGAUUAAUAGGAACAUCUCCUCCUGGUGGUGCAGAUUCCAUUUUAAACGAAGAAGCUCUUCCUGAUGUGCAAUUAGAUAAUAGACAUAUUAUGAUUCGUGGUGAAAACACAUCUCGUGUAUUACUUGUGAGAUCUGUGUUGAUGCAGGCAUUUAGGGAUCACUUUAAUGAAAAGGGUUACAGUGAAGUAACACCACCAACACUAGUGCAAACGCAGGUAGAAGGUGGAUCAACAUUAUUCAAGCUAGAUUACUUUGGAGAAGAAGCAUUUUUGACUCAAAGUUCACAGCUUUAUUUAGAAACUUGCCUUCCAGCAAUGGGUGAUGUAUAUUGUAUUGCGCAGUCUUAUAGAGCAGAACAAUCUCGGACUCGGAGACAUCUUGCAGAAUAUACACAUGUGGAGGCGGAAUAUGCAUUUAUUACAUUCGAAGAAUUAUUGGAUCGAUUAGAAGAUAUGAUAUGUGAUGUCGUUGAUCGUGUCCUUAAAUCAAAGUUUGGUUAUUUAGUCAAAGAAUUAAAUCCUGAUUUUAAAAUACCACGAAAGCCAUUCAAAAGAAUGGAUUACAAAGAUGCAAUCGAAUAUCUUCAAAUUAACAAUAUAACCAAAGAUGAUGGAACAUUUUAUGAAUUUGGCGAAGACAUUCCAGAAAUGCCAGAGAGAAAAAUGACCGAUAUAAUAAAUGAACCGAUAAUGUUGUGUAGAUUUCCUGCAGAAAUCAAAUCGUUUUAUAUGCAACGUUGCGCUGAUGACAAACGUCUUACAGAAUCGGUGGAUGUGCUUUUACCGAAUGUUGGUGAAAUAGUUGGAGGUUCGAUGCGUAUUUGGGACUAUGAUGAAUUGUUGGAAGGCUAUUCUAGUGCAAACAUAGACCCAAAACCAUACUAUUGGUAUACCGAUCAGCGAAAAUAUGGAACUUGUCCUCAUGGUGGAUUUGGAUUAGGUCUUGAAAGAUUUUUAUGCUGGCUUUUGAAUAGAUAUCAUAUACGCGAAGCAUGUCUUUAUCCACGUUUCUUGGAACGUUGUCGACCUUAGAAUAUAAGAUAUGAACAUUAUUAUUUAUAUCUGAUGAAUGAAUUUGCGUUAUUAAUUGAUAAAUUAUUGCAAGCUUUCAAAAAUUUAAUUCCGACAGAAUUAUUGAAAAAUGAGAAAUCUCUGUAUUCAAAAAUAAAUCAAGAUUAAAGCAAUUAUCAA